AUGAUUAAAAAAGAUAAACCAGAAAAUUUUGAUCAACAUUCAUUAAAUGUUAAUAAUGUUAAUAAUGAUCAGAGGAACCAUGGAAACUAUUUGUAUAAAACUAUUAAUUGUUUAGUGGAUCGACAUCAUGGAUGGUAUACUGAAAUGAUUCCUAUAGAUAAACAAUAUUAUUCUUAUUAUAAAAAACAUCCAUGUGAUUAUAUUGUACAAACGAAUUACAUAACAAAUAAAAUCAAUGAAUCAAUCAAUAAAUCAAUGAAAGAUAAUGAAAAGAAUCUAAUUGAAAAAUCAAAACUAUUAUCAUUUAUUAAUUUAUCAAAUCAUAAAAUGUUAAAAACAUAUAAAACUGAAAAAUUUCGUAUCAAUUUAAUCUUAAGAUUACGUAGUAUCUGGUCACGUUCAUCAUUGAAAUCUCAACAAAUUGAAUCGAAACAUAUUCACAAAUCAUUUACAAAUCAUCAUCAACACCAACGUCAACAGUAUCAACAGCAUCAUCGUCAUCGUUGUCGACAUCAUCAUGAUCAUCGUGAUCAUCAUCAUCAUCAUCAUCCACAUGAACAUUAUCAAUAUCAACAAUUAGAUAAAAAAGAUAAUAAUAAUCAAUUGAUAAACCCCCAUAAUAAUAAUAAUAAUACUCAAUCUAUCAGUGAUACAUUGAAUAAUUCUAUUAAAUUAAAAACUGUACAAACAAGACAUACUACUGAAUUAUCAAAUCAAUCUAAUAAUAAUAAUAAUAAUAAUAAUAAUAUACAAAUAUUGUUGUCAAGGCAAUAUCAUUCUGAAAGUUGUCUAUUAUAUCCAUAUAAUAUGCAUAAUCAUAUUCAUAAUUGUUUACAUAUUCAUUAUCAUUUAAAUGUAUGUUCUAAAUCAAUAAAUAAACAAAUAAAUAAUAAUAAUAAUCAUAAUAAUAUAAAAAAAUUAUCCCAUCAAUUAUCGAAUAUAAAAUUACAAUCAUCUUAUAUGAAACAUUCUUUAACAACUAAUAAUAUAUGUUGUUUAUAUACAUUAAAUUGUGUACCAUCACUUGAAUGUAUAACACAACCAAUAUCAACAUCAAAAUCAAUACCAGUUACAUCAACAUCAACAGCAUCGUCGUCACCAUCCACAGCAUCCACAGCAGCAUCGUCGUCAUCAUCAUCAUAUGGACAACAACAAUUUAAUCAAUCAGAUUAUAAAUGUUCCAAUUUACCAACUACAUCAAUUAUGUUAAAUAGAAGAAAUAAAAAAUGCAAAUUAAUAUCACCAUUUGAAAAACUUAAAUAUCAUUCAUUCUAUCGUGAUACACAAUGUAAUUUAGGUAAAUGGAUACAACAAACAUUAACAUGUAAUGAUAUGAAUAAAAAAUAUUUAGAUAAUAAUAAAGAUCAAGAUAAUACUAAUACUACUAAUAAUACUACUUAUAAUGACAAUAAUUAUGAGAAUGAAUUGGACAAUGAUAGUAUGAAUAAGAAUCAUUCUAAUAAUCAGUUUACGGAUAUAACAAACUAUUUAAAUUAUGGUAGACUAUCAGAUACUUUUAAACAUGUACAUUUUGCUGAUGAAUCUACAUAUUCAUCAUUAACAACAUUAAAUUCAUUAUCAAGAUCAUCAUCAUUAUGUUCAUCAAAUUAUACAAAUAGUUCAUUAUCACCUCAAACAUCUUAUACAAUGAAUUUAAAUGAUUCUCCUGAAAUGAAUGAUAAUGAUGAUAAGAAUAUAGUUAAACAAUCUAUUUCUAAAGAUAUUCUAUUUAAUCAUUUAGAAUAUCCAAAGAAAUUUUUAUUGAAACGUACUAUAUCUAGUCCUAAAAUGAAUUCAAAUAAAACUAAUACACCAUUUGUAACAGUAAAUUUAUUUCAUAAUGAUAUAGAUCUAUUAGAAACACCAUUACGUGUAGUCAAUCGAUUGGAAACAGAACAAAAAUGGGUACCAACAUUUCCCAACCCUAAUCAAUGUAUUAAUUUUAAUCAACGUCUUAUAGAACAAAAAGUUUGUCUAUCCCAAUUCACUUCACAAAAUUUAUAUUCUUUCAAUGUUCAAGUGAAAACUAUACAUAAUAUACAAAUUAAUCAUUUCGAUUAUAAAAAAGAAGUUAAACUACGUUAUACAUUAGAUCAUUGGAGAACAUAUACCGAAUCAUUAUCAUUAACAUGUUUAGAUGAAUUAACUUAUUUAUCUAUAUAUAAUAUCAAUCAUUGUAUAGAAAUAAAUGAAGGUGAAAUUAUUUUAUCAACAAUUCCCUUAGAUACUAAAUUUUUACAAUUAGAAUUUGCUAUUGUUUAUAA